CACCUAGUGGCUUACAUUUGUUUCCUUUUGGAGGACUCGCCGGUCUUUGUGUUUUUUGAAGGGCGCUCUUGCUACAGGGAGUCACUAAUCUCUAUGGUUAUUUCGGCUAGAUUCUGAGAUGCAGCUGACGGUGAAAGCAUUGAAAGGAAAAGAGGCCCAUAUUCAGGUCUCGGAAGGGGACACAGUCCUAGCAGUGAAACGACUAGUGGAAGAAAAGCUGCAAGUGCCGGUGUCACAGCAACGUUUGUUAUUCAGAGGCAAAUCCUUAGCAGAUGAGCAUUGCCUCUCCCAUUACUCUAUCGGUCCUGGAUCAAGGCUAAACCUCAUGGUGAAAGAUCAAGUGGCUCCAGAGGGCCACAGUGGGAAUAAUACAGCAUGGAAAUCUCUGAGUGUAAUCUUGAGGAAGCAUUUCAGCCCAGCUGAUGCAGAGAGAGUGCUGGAAUAUGUACAGAAGGACUAUGAACGUAGUUUAUCCCUUCUCAGCCUGGAUGAUAUAGAACGGCUAGCAACGCGGAUUCUACACCCACAGUAUUCAGAAGCCGCAGACCUUGGCUUCCUGGACUGACGCUGCAACUCAUUCCUGAAUGUCAACGACCGUAUGAAUAAAGAAAUGACAAGGUUGUCUGUGGCGCCAUAUUGUUGUCUUUUCCGCUCUAAGGAUAAAGAUGCACCAAGAUUGGCAGUGUAUAAACAUGUGUUUUGCUAAAACUCCCAUUGGAAUCACUCCAUUCUAGCCAUUUGAUUUUUUUUUAGAAACAAGCCCAAGCCGAUCAUUCAUCCUUGCAGCGCUGGGUAUAUAUAUAUAUAUAUAUAUAUAUAUAUAUAUAUAUACAUACAUACAACCAGCUUGGCUCCUGAUAAAAUUGACCCUAAUGUGUGUGUGUUAGAUUGUUAGCUCCACUGGGGCAGGGACUGAUGGGAAUGACCUAUAAUCUUUCUAAAGCACUAUGGAAUACUAUAUAAAUAAAGUAUAAUAAUAAUGUA